AUGUGGGUCAUUGAGACUAUUGCGUCCACCGACCGCCUGAGUGCUGGGGUAUUCGCCUACCGCGAAGAGCACCAGGCGAUCAACGGGGCGCCCAUACGUGGCCUGGCGGUACUGAUUAGAAGGAGGAUUCCUCAUCGUGCCAUCAGGCCACAAAUCACACUGGAUCCUGACGUAGGGGUAGAGCUGGAACUGGGUGGCCAGCCCACAGACGUGUUGGCCAUCUACGCUCCCCCUGGCCAUAACUUCAUCCCGGCCGAAUUGGAGGCUACACUCAGCCAGAGGCCAACAAUCCUCGCGGGCGACUGGAAUGCCAAGCACAUCAGCUGGCACUCGUACUCCAACAGCCCGCGGGGGUUCGACCGAAUACGCCGAGACCCGAGGUUACACGUGUGCGGGCCAGAAGACGCGACACAUACCAAGAAUUGA